GUUUUGUUCCCUUCUCUUGCUUCUAGCUAGUUAGUACUACCCCUUCAUCACAGGGUACUUUUUCUUUUUCUUUUAUACUUUCAUUCUCAUCAGAACUGUGAGAGUGACUUCUCUCUGUAUUAUUGUUCCUAGUAUUUCUUCCUUUUCAGGGGUUUCAAAUCAUUGUAAUCUCUUUAACUCAACAAACAUAUCCUAAUAAUUCUCUCAACUACUCAAACCACACUAAUGGCUCAACAGGAAGAAGGGUGGCCAUUGGGGCUGAGGUUAUUGAAUGCAAGAAUCGGAAUGGUGAGAAAUGGUGAUAUCUCAGGAUCAGUCUCAUUCACCACUAUGCUCACUAGUUCCACCACCCCUUCAAUUGAUUCUUCCUCAGAUCUUGAUACUCAGGAGUCCACAGGAACAUUCUUCCAUGACAGGAGCAUCACACUAGGGAGCCUCAUUGGUAUCUCUAGCUUCUUAACACUCUCCAGAAGAUCAACAACAACAACAAUGGAGGAGCCUUCAUCAUCAAAUAAUAAAAAAAAGAAUCAUCACAAGCUGAUGAAACCAUACUGGUUAUUCUCACUUUGUUCAAAGCUAAAUACUGAUGCAGUGAUUCUGCAUAGUGAUGCUGAUGCUCCUUCUCUCGGUCAGUACCUCGAGGCAGAGAGAAGAGCCGCAGCCGCCGCCGCCACAAGUAAUAAUCAAAGAAGGAACCAAUGUCAAGAAAUCUAUGUACCUAAUGAUUUUGACACAAUUCAAGAUUCAAAUUCACUAUUUCAUGGAGACGAAGUUGCUGUUCUGUCACCUGAUUCAAUGGAUGAAGAAGAGGAGGCAAAUAGAGAAUGGGAACAAAGCAACAAUAGAUUUGGAGCAACAAUAAUUUUCCAUUGUUUAUGUGGAUAAACCAUUUAAUCUAUUUGAUCUCUUCUUUUACCCUUUUUCUUUUUAAAAAGUAUAUGAUUUAAUGAUCACGGAG